AAUAAAUCGUCUGCUGAUCCAGAGUGCAGAAGAUUGUGACGGAAAUACCCGAACAUAUCCGAGGUCCCGAACAAAAAGUCAACAAAACAAUUCAGUGUGAAAGUUUUCUUUACAAAAUGGCAAUGAUGAAUGCACUUCAGGAGGGCACACCGCCAUAAAAACGGGUACUACAUGAAUGGUUCCACAGGCCAGGGUGGGGAAUCAACAGCUUCACUGCUGCAGGAGCCAAAGAUCCCCACCCGUGAAAACCCAGAACAGUUUUUACCUAUUCCUAGAUUAAAAUUCUGGCAAGCAGCAGCCAUAGUGUUUGUCAUAUCAGUUGUGUGCUUUGCAGUAACUUACAAUGGUGACUUCGUGUUCGAUGACAGCGAAGCCAUUGUGGGGAAUAAUGAUCUCUUGCCCGAGUCCUCCGUUUGGGAUUUGUUUAACAACGACUUUUGGGGCAAUAAGCUCGACUCCAAAACCAGUCACAAGUCUUAUAGACCUUUGACUGUGUUGACAUUUAGGUGGAGUUAUGCCUUAGGAAGUGGCCUUAACCCUUUGUACUUCCACAUUCCAAACAUCGUUCUUCACGGCAUUGUCAGUGUCCUGUUGCUAUGCAUGUUCUCCAUUUUGUUUGGAGGAUAUUCUGUUUCCAUGACUACGGGGCAGCUAGAGUUCAAGGCAGCAAGGUCAUCCCUGUUGUGUGCAGCUUUGUUUGCUGUUCACCCCAUUCACACAGAAAGUGUGUCAGGCAUAGUAGGCCGGGCAGACCUCCUGUGUGCGGUGCUAUUUAUUGGUUCAUUCUUACUCUAUGUGAAGUCCUGCUCAAUAGAAACUCAGAGAUAUGACUCAAGGUAUUCAAUAUUCCGUCCAGAGCAGUUCUCGUUGGGCUACCUGCUCUCUAGCAUGCUGCUCUGUAUGUUGGCAGUGCUGUGCAAGGAGCAGGGCAUCACCAUCAUUGGGAUAUGCAGUGCAUACGACAUCGUUGUCAUUUGUGGAGUGGACUUGCUGGAAUUGGUUGGUCUCCGCAAAAAAUGUCAACAGAAUGGAAAGUCACAGGCUACACAGGCAUGGGUGGUAAGCCUGAUAAAGCGCCACCUGGUGUUGUUGUCUGCUGGCCUACUGGUGUUCCUGUACCGCUGGAGGAUCAUGGGAUCGGCCCCGCCCGUGUUCCAGGUGUUUGACAAUCCACACUCCUUUGUGAAUAACACUGUGAUCAGGAGCACAAACUACAACUACUUGUACUCCAUAAACCUUUGGCUACUUCUCAAUCCCUGGUGGCUGUGUUUUGAUUGGUCAAUGGGCUGCGUUCCUGUCAUUGAGUCAUUGGCCGAUCCCAGAGUGCUUGCAGCCUUCAGUGUCUGGAUUUUCAUUGGUUGUCUUGUGUGGGCGUGCCUUAAGGGACCAAUUACCCAAGAUCAGAGAACUUUGACAAUGGCCUUGGCACUCAUCAUCAUUCCAUUCCUUCCGGCUAGUAACUUGUUCUUCCGCGUGGGGUUUGUGAUAGCAGAGAGGAUCCUGUACCUGUCCAGUAUAGGCUACUGCAUGGUGGUUGUUCUGGGCGUGAGGCAGCUGUGUAGUACAUACCCACAACACUCCAAGCACUUAUCAGCCUGCCUAGCGUUCCUGCUCUGCCUAUACAGUGUGAGAUGUGUCCAGCGAAGUACAGAGUGGAAACAUGAGAUCGAUCUCUUUACUGCAGGGGCACAUGUCUGUCCGGGAAAUGCAAAAGUGCACUAUAACAUUGCCAAACUAAAUGCAGACAAUGGGAACAUUGAUGUAGCUAUCCACAAAUACAGGCACGCAAUAGAGUUGAACCCGCAGUAUGACCAGGCCAUGAACAACCUGGGAAACAUUCUCAAGGACAGGAAUGAGCUGGAUGAAGCAGAACAGCUUCUGGAGAGGGCUGUAGCUGUCAGAGAGGAGUUUGCGGCCGCAUGGAUGAACCUGGGCAUCGUGAAGUCUGCCUUAAAGAAGCACGCCGAGGCAGAGCGCUGCUACUACACGGCCAUCUUGCACCGACGUAAAUACCCGGACUGCUUCUACAACCUGGGCAAUCUGUACCUGGACAUCAAGCAAUAUGACCGGGCAAUAGAGGCGUGGACAAAUGCCACUAAAUUGAGGCCUACCCACACCAAUGCGUGGACCAAUAUGGCCUUAGUGCAUGACUCAUUAGAGCAAUAUGACAAGAGCAUCGCUGUUGCCAAGCAGGGCCUCAAGCACCUGCCAGGGGAGUCCCAGCUGUACUUCAGCAUUGCAAACGCCUACGGCAAGUUGUCCAGAUACGCCGAGAGUGCCGAGCACUUUGAGAAGGCCAUUGCUCUGAAGCCAACCAAAGCACAGUAUUACGCAAAUUAUGGUGUGCUGUAUCACAGAUGGGGCAAGCUGGACAAGGCUGAACUCAUGUACAUGAAGGCUCUCCAGCUGAAUCCGGAUGAACCCAACCUGAAGGAAAACCUGGCCAUGCUUCAACGCAAGAAAACUCAGUGAUUCUCUGAAAGAUGUCACCUGUAAAACUGAAUGUGUUAGUGCCAAGAAAGGAAGUUAAGCAAAUGAGCGUUGCUGUUGGAAGACCAGGCUUAAUGCAUGCUCGUAAUGUGUCAUAUGAACAAGAUGAAAAAGUGCAGUCUGCUUAUCAGAGACGACUCUGCGCUGCGUAGGCUAAUCAGGGACGACCCUUUGUAUGGUACUUUUUGUUUAAAGGAAGUCUCUUUUUUGUGAAAAUCCAGUUGAGGCGAAAGUGUUGUUGACACUUGACACGCAUCUAUUUAGCCCCACUUUUGGUUUGUGCCGAAAAGGAAGUUAAGCAAAUGAAAAUAAUGUUUUGGUCAUUCUGGGACGACACUUUACGCACAUGCAUAAGGCCCUAUUUUUCCAAGAGCACGUCCCAUAUGAAAGAGCCAGAAAGGAAGAGAAUCCAUUUAUUAAUAUCAAAUGUUGUCGUUUUUUGUGGCCAAAGAGAAGUUUGCCUUUAAUGUAUAUGAAACACCCAU